AUGUUAACGACAGUUAUACUAUUCAUUUUUUUCCUAUUUAUUAAUCACACAAAUGGUCGUACAUUUCAUACACGAGAUACAGAUAGUUUGGUUGUUAUGCGCGAAAGAUGUGCUAAAACUCCUUAUGUCGAUGAAUGUACAGGAGUUAAAUCACAAAUGGAAGAUUUACUUCGUAAAUGCAGAGGUAUGGUAACACCAGUAUCAGCUUGUGAUGAUGUCAAAAAUAAAUAUUGCUUUAUAUGGCCUAGCGAACUUUACUGUUAUGGAUUUAACGGUGGUGGUGGUGGUGGUGGUGGGAGUGAUUCCGAUUGGAGUCAAAUUCCAUCCGAUCCAAAUGAACUUAAAAGACGUGGAGAUUAUUGUGUUACUCAUCAAGCCGAACUUAAAUGUCGUAAUCUAUUAAAUGCAUUGAAAAUUCGUUAUGAUGAAUGUUCUAAACGUCCAAAAACUGAUAUUAGUUGUCAAAAUUUUAAAGGUUCACUUUGUUCAGCUUUUCCGAAUUUUUCUCCAUGUAUCUAUGGUGGCGGUGGAUUACGACGACGAGUAACUCAACUGGAAAAUUACUUUCAAAAACGACAUAAGGUAUUAACACAUCAUCAUCAUUAA